AUGACCGCCAAGUGUAGCAACAUUACUAUUCGAUUUGCUCUCCCAGACGGGAUCAAGGUUUCAGUGCGAGAACGUGAGUUAGAAGAUGCUGCUCGAAGGUCUCAUGCUGCCCGAGCAGCCCAUGCAAGGCGACGUCAGGCUCGUGAGAGAGAAGCGCCAUCGUUUCAAGAGCCGACACAGUCGAAUGAGUCAACACAGGUUGAGUGUGCUCCAGAAAAUCACACACCCCAAGACGUUCUUGUCAAAAGCUUGAUCUCAACAACACGAGAACUAGACCAAGCCACAACUCAGGUACCGGUCGCAACUUACCAACUCUCUCUACUAGAAGGUAAUUCGGAUCCCUUUGGGUCUUUCUCUAUCAAAAUUACGCCUCAAAUCAAUCGAGUCCUCGCCUUCAUGCGGGAUGCAAUCUAUCCAAGCAUCUACUAUCAUAAUAAGUUUAUGUCGAAAAUCAACGAGGGGAACCCCGAUCGGUCAAAUUGGAUAUCGGCGGGCAUCGGCGUCCAAGCUUGGGAAUUUGCCAUCGAAGGUUUGCAUAGCGAAGGCGCAAGUCUAGCAUGUAUAGCCAGCUACCUUGGCAAUAUGGCCAUGCUCCUGCCCGAACGUGCAAGGCCAAACGCAAACCGAUUAGCACUGGCUUUGGCGACGAAAAGUUGUAGUCUUCUCCAGAAAUCUUUGCCAACGGAUGGGACGUCAGUCAAUCCCGCCAAAGCCAGGGUCCUAAUCGCACAGAUCUACUUCCUGUAUCGUGCAAGUGUUGUUGGGGAGGAUCGGAUGUCUGUCGCAAUAUAUGGCCCCAUUUUAAAGAGAUUCCUCGUAGAAGGCAUUUCUCAAGGUCUAGUCGACGUUGUUAUGCUGUAUCAAGCCGCCGUCGAUGACAUCGAUUUCGUGUCCAAGUUUAUGUGUCGCCCAUUGUUCGAUUACUCGUGGUUUGGUGAGAUUAGCUCAGGUUUCUGGGCACUUGCGGAACCACUCUUGCCCUUGGUCGGGGCCGAAAUAUCCACAGGGGUGCAUAGAAACGUGGAGUGCAAAGAACUGCGAGACUACUUUACUACGGCAAGACACAUGAAUACCUAUGCAGAGCAUAUGAUUCCCGAGUCUGCGUGGGGUCCCACCGCCCAAAAGCGGCUGGCAUACUCUUGGUUUGCCACGAAGAGCUUAUGGGCAUUAGGGUCGGCCCUGAAUCUCUACUUGGACUUACGAGAUGACCGAUAUACCAAGUCCACUUCCACUGCCACUUCUGGCCAACGGCUGACUCAAGCUGCAUUGACACUUGGACUGGUCUACUACUUCCGCAAUAUGGGCCAUACCACUACAAUCGGUUCUGUCGACAUUCGAGACUGUUCCGCUAGCCUUAUGCAUGAGCUACGGGCGACGAUAGCGCAAGCCUUGAAGAUGUCUACUGAAAAAGAGUUACAUACAUACGCAGAUGCUCACCUUUGGGUUUUAUUCCUUGGCGCGUUCUACGAGCGGCGUGAGUGGCAAAGGUUGGGUGACGCGGCUGGACGCUGGUUUCGGCAGAAGCUUGUUGAAAAAGCUUUGCAAAGUAACAAGGCGACUUGGGCUUAUCUGCAGCCAGUCCUGGGCAGGUUUUUCUACAUGGAAUGGGAAAACCCUCAUGGUUCAACCUGGUUCGACGACACAGUCAUUGAGAUAAUGGGGGACCAGUAUCGACAUUUGCAAUCUAAGCUGAUGCCCGCAGAUUUUUUGCAUAGUUCGAAGACUGUCGGCCAUGGCAAUCCUCAUUAUCAUUACCAUCCACCAAAUAUAUCCACGUAG